ACAGUGUGAUAAUACGACGAUCGCCUCUCACUGUGUCGCUCUCCCUCUUCAUCGUCCUCAUCUUACUUCUCCCUCAUAAUACUUCGCGCUCUCUCUCUCCCUCUCCCUCUCCCCCUCCCCCCAUCGACACCACACGGAAGCUUCUAGGGUUUCGUCUAGAUCUCGCCGGAGCCGAUCUAACCUGGCCGGAGCCUCGCUGCCGAUCCCGCCGGAGCCAUGUCUUCCGGCAGGUACAUGGCCUACUCCCCUUCUCCCUCCACCGGCCCCCACUCUCCCCACGUCUCCGGCCUCCGCUCCGCCGCCAGCGGCCUCGUCGCGGAUCAGGAGAAGUAUCUUGCGGAGUUGUUUGCAGAGCGUCACAAGCUCAAUCCCUUUGUGCCGGUGCUUCCUCAUUGUUAUCGGUUGUUAAAUCAGGAAAUUUUGCGUGUUUCCAAACUGUUGGAGAAUGCAUCUAUUUUAAAUCAAAGUGGGAUUGAACAUGGUAGCCCACUAACUACUGGAGGAUUAUUUUCGAACGGAGGAGCAGCUGAUAUGAACAGUUGGGCUUCAGCAUUUCAAUCAGAACCUUCCUCUGUACAUUCUUGGCUCGGGUCCCAAGGUAGCUCCUCAGGUCUCAUUGUGAAGAAAACAAUCAAAAUUGAUAUUCCUGUCGACAAAUACCCAACAUACAACUUUGUUGGCCGACUGCUUGGUCCCAGGGGAAAUUCUCUUAAGCGAGUGGAGGCAACUACUGAUUGCCGUGUUCUGAUAAGAGGUCGAGGCAGCAUCAAAGAUCCAGCUAGGGAGGAACUGAUGAGAGGCAAGCCAGGGUAUGAACAUCUGAACGAACCUCUUCACAUACUGGUGGAAGCUGAGCUACCUGUAGAAAUCAUUGACGCCCGUCUGAUGCAAGCUCAUGAGAUCCUCGAAGAACUGCUAAAGCCUGUGGAUGAAUCACAUGAUUUCUUCAAGCAGCAGCAGCUUCGUGAACUCGCCAUGCUUAAUGGAACGCUCCGUGAAGAAGGGUCGAGCAUGUCUGGCUCGGUCUCGCCAUUCCACAAUGGGCUUGGCAUGAAGAGGGCUAAGACCAGGGGGUAGAAUGAAAAUUUGUCAGCACCAGUAUAUAUUCUGAGAACUGCAGAAAAUGUAGUUCCACACUGGGGGGUUGAUAUGCUGGAUAACGGCCUUAGAUAGCUGAUGGGCGAGCGGCACCAGGGCCUGUUCUACUGCAAUAUUUAUCUGAAGUACAUGUUCUGCUGUGGGGGUAUGUUGCUGUAUAUUGUGACGUCAAAAGUGAGCAAGUUUUGGGUUUUUGUGAGGUUUGCCAUUUAUAUAUCUUUUAAUAUUAACAUGUCACUAUGCUUGAGUUUUGUGUUUGAAACAGUAAUCGUUAUUUUUGGUGGGAAGCUGUGUCACUGGGAGAGUAAUUCCACGUAGUAGUUCAGUGUAUAGGAACUUUAGUUUAUAUAUAUAUAUAUAUAUAUAUAUAUGUUUGUAAUAGUAAGAUGUCUCUGUUCUUGCACGGUUGAUUGGUGUAUUAUUGGUUCGUCAAAAGAACAGGAAAGAAGAUAUGGAUUGUACCUGUUAA